UGUUUGAUUUUGUUUUAUAAAAUCAAUCGUAGUUUUUUUAUUAUCUAGCUUCCCGCACUUUUUGCGGUUUUCGCGGUUGUUUUGUAACCAAUAACAACCAUGGUAAACUGCUUUUAAUAGCCUGCCUUUAUCAUAGUAAUUGUUGACUUUAUAUAGUUUCAUUUACAAAUAAACCGACAUACAUUAAUGAUCCCAGAGAGGUAUGGGCGCGUAGAAAAGUCGUUAACACAAUAAAUAGCCAAUCAAAACGCUUAAAUAUUUUGUCAUUUAUUCAUACAAAGGAGAACAAUAGGCACACGCGCCUUAUAUAUAUUUGGCGAGCCUCGUCUUGAACAGUUGGAAGAUAUCUCGAUUUGAAGAAGAGGUUUGUGUCUGCUGACCAGAAAAUAUUCUCAGUUUCAAGUUAUCUCGAUUUCAAGUUUUUUUACUCUCGUUUCCAAGUAUCCAAAGUAUGGCCACAGAAAGUUUGUUCAAUGUUCUUUUGAAUCUGCCAACAGAACUUUCUAGUUUUGAACAGUUUCAAAGCAUCAAGUUGGAGGAUGUGAAUGAAUGCGAAACAGAUUCUUUGGGAAGCUGCUGUUCUUCCCCAACUCAAAGCAAUAGUAGUGAUUGUUCCUCACCGACGCAAGCUAGUGACGACUCGCUCUCUUCAUCGCCUGGAAAAUCUAGUGAUGAUUUCUUUACUUUUCCUCUGUGUUACAACGAAUCAUCAGAGAAAUCAAGUAAGGGAAAAAAAGCAUCAAGAACUGAAAAUAAAGUUAAACGUAACGAGCGGGAACGACGACGUGUUCGUCGCUUAGCUGAGGGAUUUCGCCGGCUUCGUUCUGUUGUGCCUGGCAAUGCGAAGAAGUUAAGCAAGCUACAAACACUACAGACAGCGUUGCAAUACAUGUUCGAGUUAUCCGAAACUAUCGCUGCGGAGGAUUCAAGAGCUAUACAGAAUCAAAUAGCGAAUCAACCUUCCAUGGAGGAACAGAUGUACUCUCAAGAUUGCACAAUGUAUAAUAAUAUGUCACUUGGCAGCACCCAAGUUUUAUCUCACCCACCCAUGCAAUGGUCAUACAAUGAUAUACCACCCCAGUCACAACAAGUCUAUCCUGUUAUGGACUGCGUGCAACAAAAUCCUGCGUGGUAUUUGGCAUAAACGUUACUUAUUGAGGAGUAGUUAGUAUUCAUGAAACCGUUGCGACAUUCACGGCAUCAGUUUAUCGUCAAGGUGUGAACGACGUACGUCAACGUCGGUAAUUAUCAACGACGCCGCUGGUAACAAAAUUGGUUGACUAAAGAGAAAGGUGAAGCUAAAGACACAAGACAAAUACGAUGAAGAAUUUGCUAAAGACACGAGACGAUGAAGAAGACUUAAAAUUAUUUAAUAGGGUAGUGUAUAAAAAGUUUAACAUAUUUUUACAUGUAACAUAUUUCAAUAUAUACAUAACCAUUCAUAAUAUUUAAAUUAUGUUUGAUAUAAAAGCAUAUUACUCUUGCUAUAUCUACUUUGGUAUUUAUUUGUGACGUCAUGUAUGUCGAAAAGCAAAAGUAUUGCUUAUCUGUCAAAUAUUUGUAUAUAUUGUAUAUAAGUAUAUACAAUAACAUUAUUUUUAUAUAGAUAUUUUUCACCGAUUUUUAUAGAUUAGAGAUUCUUUGUAAUCUUUACAAAUCGUUUUAUUAUAAUUUGUUGUUAAUUUGGUAAAAUUAGGAGGCUGGUGGUAUUUGAGAUGAUAAUACUUCAUACUACCCUGAAACACCUCGCUUGGGAACUUGUUUUCAAUAAAAAAAAUUGUAUCAUAAUUUGCGUACAAUCCACUUUUUGAGACUUUUAUGCUUACAGCUAUGGGUCAAAUAAAUUGGAAUAUCUCAUGCGAAACGUAAUCUCAUUUAUUCAAAUUUCUUUCAAGGAAUCUGAAUAACCGAGACUCACUUGUUUUUAGUUAUCCGUGUGAUUUUUGUUUAAUUUUUUUAAUCAUUUUUAAUCGUUUUGUAUUUAUUUUUGUAAUGUUUUUUAUAUAAUUGUUUACCGAUCAGCUGUUUUGCGUUUAUAUGCUCCCAUGCUGUGUAUGUUACCCCUAAAAUCAUGCACGACCCUGCGUUGUUCCAAUAAAAGUUUAUUGCACCAAAAGGCUUAUAAAAUCUUCUUUAUUGUGCUCUAAAUAUAAUACUUAAUAAAUAUUGUAGCUGUCAGAGCAAAGAGAACGACCGCUGCUUCAUCUGUGGAUAAAAAGCGUUGACCUCAGAAAAAAAUUUUUUUGGGAAGCUGUUGUGAAAUCUCUGGCUUUUUCGAAUUAAGUUGCACAGUAUAGCCUCUCGAUAGCGGACAACAUUUUGACCUUAAAAAGUGUCUGCUAUAUGGAGGUACUUUUCUAAUUGGCUAAAAAUCAAAAAAAAUAUACCUGCAAAUUGCGACUUUUAAAGUCCUAGAAAAGCGAUAAACUGGCAAAAAAUAUAGGCAAACUUCUUUAAGGAAUAUAGCUUUUUUUUUCGUCCGUCUUCGCUAUAGGUCAAUACUAGGGAGUAAUGCAAAUUAGGACCUUAAAAGGAGAGUUUAUGAGAGUUUGACUGUCUCUUCAUCUGUUCUUGAGAAAGGUAUCUGCUAUAAAGAGUUUUAACUACAUCCACAAGAUACCGAGUAUACAUAAAAGGCGUCGUUUCAAUGCAAACCGCGAAUCUUCCACUGUAAGAGGGGUGAAAGGAAUAAGGAAUGUCAAGACCAAAGCCCAAGGUUAAUGUGAUAUCCUAAAAGACUUGAUAAACAAACUUAAACUUUUUAGACAACUACCUUCCA